CAGAGAUAAGUGUCAGUUUGUCUGUUUCAGAGGCUGGCUGUGGAAAAUUGCUAGGCUUUAAUUGUUAAUCUCAGUGUGGGGCACUUGGUUUUGGGGGAACAUGAAUUUGAGAGUAAAUGUAUCUACUUCUGAAUUUUGAAAUUUUAGGAAAGGAAGAUGGAUCAACCUAGUGGAAGGAGUUUUAUGCAAGUAUUAUGUGAAAAAUAUAGUCCUGAAAACUUUCCUUACCGCCGUGGUCCAGGGAUGGGAGUCCAUGUCCCAGUUACACCUCAGGGCUCUCCUAUGAAAGAUCGCCUCAACCUCCCGAGCGUCCUGGUGCUGAACAGCUGUGGGAUCACCUGUGCAGGGGAGGAAACCGAAAUCGCUGCCUUUUGUGCUCAUGUGUCAGAGCUGGAUCUUUCUGACAACAAACUCGAAGACUGGCAUGAGGUCAGUAAAAUUGUGUCAAAUGUUCCCCAGUUGGAGUUUCUAAACCUGAGUUCCAACCCUCUGAAUUUGUCAGUUUUAGAAAGAACAUGUGCUGGGUCCUUCUCUGGGGUUCGCAAACUUGUCCUCAAUAACAGCAAAGCCUCCUGGGAGACAGUGCACACGAUCCUGCAGGAGCUGCCAGAUUUGGAGGAGCUCUUCCUGUGCCUUAAUGACUAUGAAACAGUGUCUUGUCCUUCUAUUUGCUGUCAUUCUCUGAAGCUCCUACAUAUAACAGACAACAACCUCCAAGACUGGACUGAAAUACGAAAGUUAGGAGCCAUGUUUCCUUCGCUGGAUACCCUGGUCCUGGCCAACAACCACCUGAGCGCCAUUGAGGAGCCCGACGACUCACUGGCCAGGUUGUUUCCUAACCUGCGGUCCAUCAGCCUCCACAAGUCAGGUUUGCAGUCCUGGGAAGACAUUGACAAACUAAAUUCAUUUCCUAAACUUGAAGAAGUGAGAUUGUUAGGCAUUCCUCUUCUGCAGCCAUACACCACCGAGGAGCGCAGGAAGUUGGUAAUAGCCAGAUUGCCAUCAGUUUCCAAACUUAAUGGCAGUGUUGUUACCGACGAUGAGCGCGAAGACUCGGAGAGAUUUUUCAUUCGUUACUACGUGGCUGUUCCACAGGAAGAAGUGCCGUUCAGGUAUCACGAACUGAUCACAAAGUAUGGGAAGUUGGAGCCUUUGGCAGAAGUGGAUCUAAGACCCCAGAGCAGUGCAAAAGUAGAAGUCCACUUUAACGAUCAGGUGGAAGAAAUGAGCAUUCGGCUGGACCAGACAGUCGCAGAACUAAAGAAACAAUUAAAAAGCCUCGUGCAGCUGCCCCCGAGCAGCAUGCUGCUCUAUCACUUCGACCACGAGGCGCCCUUCGGCCCCGAGGAGAUGAAGUACAGCUCCCGGGCCUUGCACUCCUUCGGCAUUAGGGAUGGAGAUAAGAUCUAUGUGGAAUCCAAAACCAAGUGACCUCCCAGAUUGGACUGCACACCCCAGGACUUCACAGGGCAGUUUCCUGGGUUUUCUUUAGGAGGGAGAAGAUUGGUUUGGUUUGGUUUUGCUUUGCUUUGUUUGGAGGGUAGAGGUGUAUGCCCUCCCUCCCCCCCCCCCCCCCCAGAAUGGGUCGGGGGCUGUUUGAGGUAUUUUUUUACUUCUUAAGCUCUGCCAGCAGAAUUGGCCACAUCUCCAGCCUGUGUGCCCUCCCUCCCCAAAGGAUGACUGAGAAAUCCCGUCUUACUGUGUGCACCGGGCCACCUGCUGCUGGGUUAUCAUUCCGUCAGACCCGUGAGGACAAGGGCGGCAUGGGAGUGCCUCCCUCCAAGGGUGUCUGGAGAAAUCAGGAAAUGAGGGUCCUCGCAGGAAGGGCCAGCCCUCCCCCCGCCCCUUCUCCUCCCUCCCUUUCGCUCUCUGUGUUCUUUUGGUUCCAUUUCUCAUUGUGACUUAUGUCAGCACGUUUACUAAUGGUUUUAUUCUGUCCAUAAUUAACUUCUCAACUUGGGUGAUUUUUUUUUUCAUUUCAACCUUUUAAAAUAAUUUAAAAUGUUUUAAGCAUUUUCCAACCUGAUUCUAACUCAGACACUCACUUAGGAGCUAGGACUCUAUUAGGAGCUUGAAGAAGAAUAGACGGAGAUUUCAGCUCCAGGACACAGCCCGACAGAGCAGGCUGGUCUGUUUUAAUGUUCAUCACACAUUGGGUCAGCCUUGGCUCUCAUAACAUGGAAUAGUCAGAUCCCAGAGGUUUUUAUUUUUGCUGAUUGACUCUUUCUUUGUCAUGACUUUAAGCUUCUGAAAAUAGAGGCCUGACUUUUGAAGACACCCUAGAGACAUGCACAGCUGAGGGCGAGCUCAUGAGUGCAGUGGGGCGCCCGGGGGUGCAUGGGGCGGGCGCUGUGAGGCUCCCCGGGGUUGUCAUGUGAAGGCCCUGCCCCUGCACUUGGCAGGGAAAGGUGGGAACUAGCAUUGGAGGAGCGCUGGUUCCGGUUCUCGCCUGGGACCUGGAGGAGCCAUAAUGGAGGGUUCUCCUGGUCUCACAGUUUCACUUAGUUGCCCCCGCAGCACCCCUCUGACUGAUGAGUCACGUACAAGUGUUCAAACUUCAGAAUUGCCUCCACGUCAGAGCUUUGCAGAAGCAUAUUAAAGCACUGUCUUUGAGAUCUAGCUCCUUCCCUGCUCUGCAGUGUUGAUUUGUUCUAUUCCUUUGUCAGUCAGUGCAGGCUCUUGCUUAUAAUGUGUUUUUCUUGGUCCACCGUGUAUACAGAGAGAGACUUCGCACAGGCGGGCAGGAGGCAUGCACAGGCAGGAUUUUCAGAGAAUGUAAUCAUUAGGAUGGUUUUUGGCCUUUUAACAUGCUUCCACCACUCCUGUGAAUGUCUUAGGAAAUUCCUUAGGCGGCUUGUAAAUUCUUUAUGUAAAUGGUGUUGUGUUUAUUACUAUUACUUUUUAAAUUUUCCUAUGCCAUAAUAGCAGAAAUUUAUUCUCUUAUGCACUUCAGGUUCAGUGUUUGUAAAGCCUUUGACUCAGGCCUCCCGAGUCCAAUCUAUAUUCACCGAAACAGUAAAUAAAGGUGGAAACCAAAGGGAUUGCGAUGAUGAUGAGACCUCGUCUCCUCUCCGGACUCGGUCCUUCCCAGUCAGAACAUGGGCUGUGGGGGCCAUGCUGCGCAGACAAGAGUCAUUAUUUUGCAACCACGAUUUCCCGGCAUUAUUUUUGGAAGUGGGCAAAAGUGUGGCCCUAGUGUCAUGAAGGUGAAAACUGUGGAGGCUUUGUGUAUGUGUGCAUGAGUGCAGGCGAGUUUGAGAGAGAAACUAUAGCUGAGCCUUUUGCUUUUGUCAGCCAAGGAGAUAGAUGCACCCUUAUUUUUUGAGGUUGUGUGGCCCCUGACUGUCCCCCACAGAAGGCAGAGGGAACACGUGGGUUAUGCUUUAAUCAUAAGUGGGAUGGUCACAAUUGGUAAGCUAUUUUAUAUAUGACAGAGUUCUAUGAAAUGCUUUUGUACUGUAGAGGCCUGCCACCGACUGCAGGUGUAUGUCCAUCACACUCGCAUGUCAAGGGACUGCUCCUUUACCUGUGGGUGUGUGUGUUGUAGGGCAUUGUAAUGGAUAGUUUUAAAACUUGCUGAAUAAUUUUUGAUUGAGACAAAAUCUAAUACAAUGACCGGUCUUUUAGAGUUACAGAAGUGAGAAAAGCGAUUGAGCAUGUGUACUUGUAGACUUGUUUGGGUGGCUGAGUAAAGAUGCUUCUUUUGAAAUAAAAUUGGUGCUGCAUAGACACUUGUAACCAAAAUUAUUUUUAUAACAGGCCAAGGAGGGAAGACACCAUGGACCUUUGAGUCUACAAGUUAUGCAUAGUUGAUUGCUGCUUUUUCUGUAUUUUAAAACUGACAUCUCCAGGUUCAGCGAGAGCAUAUUACUGAGAGCAUAUCUGUGAUCAAUGCCAUCAUAGCCAGUAUUACAGCUUGGUUGCUACCGCACAGUGUAUAAAACCUGUCUUUUCUAAAAUAGACAUUCUUUCAGUUAUGGAAAAGGAAAGGAGUAAUCAAAGAAAUCUAAACCAAAACCAAGGGACCCUUUUGAUAUGUGAGCAUGUAGCUGCUGAAACCACAUAGAAAUCAAUUUUUUGAUUUGAAAUAUCCCAGAAUGUUUUAAAGAAAAAAAGUUCCGAGUUCUAUGUCUUUUUUAUUAGAAGUUUCUAUUGUUUCUGCAACCUAUUGCCACCAUUGCCAUAAAUACAUAAAGCAGCAGGUAUUCUAUAACCUCUUGUUUCUUUUAAACCUUUUGAUGAAAAUCAACCCAAAACAGGAGCUAUGUGUAACAGGGCCUAAUGUUACUAUGCCGUGUUUAAAAUGUUGUUUACAUAACAAAAUGGAAGUUCAGUUCUAGCCCAGCGUUUCGGCCCAGGGCGGCACGUGUUGUCGGGGGCGUCACAUGAGCAGAGAUGCCUCGCAGGAGCUGUACCACCGACGGGGCCCGGGCCGCGCUGCCCAUGUGUGUCUGGUUUUCCGUGUCGUGUUGGACGGAACCGACACGAACGGCUCCCGAGAGCACCCAGACCCGGUCAGGGCCCUGAGCACUGUCCUCGGGCGCACGGUCGGCGGAGGGGGCUCGGCUCCUGCCGCUUGUCUCCUGCAGUUGAUGGAAAGAUGUUUUAUUUCAGAAUAUAAUUUAAACAUGUUCUUUGCACUUUUUAUUAAUAUAUAGAGAAUUAAUCUUUAAAAAAAUUAAAAAUCCAAGUCCA